CACUUGCAGACAAAGCUGAAUAUUGCUGUUCUGGGGCCUUCUCCCAGCCUUACAUUUCAGCUCACCCUCUUCAGCUGCCUAGGUCAUGGCUCUGCUAUUCUUCUUGAUCCUUGCCUUUUGCACUGGACCUGCCCUCCUAGAGUCCUCAGCCAGAGUGCGACUGGUGAGAGGUCCACAUCGCUGUGAAGGACGGGUGGAAGUGGAACGGAAUGGCCAGUGGGGCACCGUGUGUGAUGACGGCUGGGACAUGAAUGACGUGGAUGUGGUGUGCCGGGAGCUGGGCUGUGGAGCAGCCUUGAAGACACCCAGUGGUAAUUUAUAUAAGCCAUUGGCAGAAGAAGACCAAAAAGUCCUCAUCCAAUGGGUCAACUGCAGUGGGAUGGAAAAUGAACUGACUGAAUGUGAACAAGUGGAAGAUGUUUUUGAUUGCACCCACAAGGAGGAUGCAGGGGCGAUGUGUGAGAAGUCUCCACCCAGAGUGCGACUGGUGGGAGGUCGACAUCACUGUGAAGGACGGGUGGAAGUGGAACGGAAUGGCCAGUGGGGCACCGUGUGUAAUAACGGCUGGGACAAGAAAGGCGCACAUGUGGUGUGCCGGGAGCUGGGCUGUGGAGCAGCCGUGGGGACACCCAGUGGUAAUUUAUAUAAGCCAUUGGCAGAAGACCAAAAAGUCCUCAUCCAAUGGGUCAACUGCAAUGGGAUGGAAAAUGAACUGACUGAAUGUGAACAAGUGGAAGAUGGUUUUGAUUGCCCCCACAAGGAGGAUGCAGGGGUGAUGUGUGUGCUUCCAGAGACUGUGCGGCUGUUUGGUGGCCCUGGACGCUGCAAGGGGCGAGUGGAGGUGAAGCACCAAGGGCAAUGGGGCACUGUGUGCAAAGCAGGCUGGAAUCUCUCAGCUGCGAAGGUGGUAUGCCGGCAGCUGGGUUGUGGGAAGGCUAUAUUGACCAAAAGAUGCUGCAACAGGGACACUCAGGGCAAGAAUUUCAUCUGGCUGAGCGAGGUGUCAUGCUCAGGAGAAGAAGAAAGCCUUCAAGAUUGCCCUUCUGCUCUCUGGGGGGAGAAUAACUGCACCCAUGCUGACGACAUGUGGGUUGAAUGUGAAGAUCCCUUUGACUUGAGGCUGGUAGAAGGAGACACCCUCUGCUCUGGGCGACUGGAGGUGCUGCACAAGGGCGAAUGGGGCUCUGUCUGUGAUGAUGGCUGGGGAAAAAAGGAGGAGCAAGUGGUGUGUAAGCAACUGGGCUGUGGGAAGUCAACCUUUCUGUCCUCUAAAGCUCGGAAAAAAUUUGUCCCUGGAGUUGGCCGCAUCUGGUUAGAUGAUGUUCGUUGCUCGGGGAAGGAGCAGUCCCUCGAACACUGUCAGCACAGGUUCUGGGGGCAUCACAACUGCAACCACAAGGAAGAUGUGGCCGUGAACUGCUCAGAACAGUCGUCUGGCCUUCUUCAUGUUUCCCCUGACCCCCUCAGGCCCUGAAUGUCCUUUGCUUUCUCCUGGGCCUGAACAGCCUGGCAUGAGCAUUGAGCCUGCAGGCUUAGCUACCGCUCCCUCGGUCCCUCAGCAGGAGUCUGAAGACUCUACUUACACUUUGCUCUCUGGGCCAAGCACCCCUAUCGUUGCCUGGAGAUAGGUGUUGUUGAGUUCUCUCUUGCUGGGGAAGAUGAGCUCCCAGUUGCCCUCUCCUCACUGCUGACCCUUUGACAUUGGUUCUGGCCUCUCCUACGUCUUCUCAACCAGCCUGGGAUCCCCAGGCCUGUUACUUUGACCGCUACAGGCCAUUUCCAAGACAAGAUCUAUGUCUGUAAAGAACAUGGAAGGAAUGAGACAACAAAAGGAACAUUUGAAGGGGAAUAUGCGUCAACAAUUACAUGAAACUUGGGGGAAAGCUUAGAGUCUUUUUGAAUGUUUUUUCUUAAACUUCAGGUGAUCACAACAGUUAACAUCUCAAUAUUCUCCUGUUCUCUGAUGAGAGUAAACCAUUCUUUCAAGAGCAGAGCAGUAUCCUGUAAUCCCAGACCUUUUCACGACACUUGGAAAAAAAAUAUCACAUUCCCUGAAUGCCCAUAAUAAAAUAUCUUUGUUAACCAUACCUAUACAACUUGCCAACAUGGUGUACAUUGAACAAGAAGAGUCUCACAAAUGCAUUUUAAAUUAUCCCAGGAAAAAUGUAUUGGCCAUGGAGCAGCCACUAGGAGAAGGGAAAGGAAGAGAUGCUGAAAGAGUCUGGGGAGGUCCAGAGCUGUGCCUCAUGCCAACCAGAUGAUAUCAUUUUAAUUUUGUCAACUCAGACUUUAGGGUCUGCAAAUCUGAGGCAAGACAGAGUGAUACUAAGAAGAGAAUCAUGACAAUUCUAAAAAUUGACAGCUUUAGACCCUGAGGCUGAGUCGAGUACCUGUAAUAUGCCUACAUUUAUGCUUUCUAAUAAAGUAGAUUGCA